AUGGAUGCAUAUGCAAAAAAUAUUGAAAUUGUUAAGGAAAAAUCAGAAUAUAAUAUUAUUUUAUUAGAUAGAACUGUAUCAUGGACUAAAAUAUUUAUAGAAGUAAAUAUUAAUAAUCCUUUACAACUUAAUUAUCUUAGUAAGAAAUUAAAAAAAGUAGAAAAG